AUGCCCCAAAUGGGAUACGAUAUGCGGGAAGGCACCGUCGUCCGCUGGCACAAGCAGGAAGGCGAGACGGUCGACCGCGGCGAGGUGAUCGCCGACAUCGAGACUGACAAGGCCACGGUGGAAUUCGAGGCCUACACCGGCGGAGUGAUGGGACGCAUCGUCGCCGAGGCCGGCGUUGCCGUCCCGGUCGGCGAAUUGAUCGCCAUCAUCACCGAACCCGGUGAAUCCGUGCCGGAAUUGGCUGCGCCUCCAGCCAACCCGGCCGCCGGCCCGGCCCCCACUCCUGCUCCGGUGGCUGCUGAUCCCGAGCCGGCGGCUCCUGCUUCGCCUUCAGACGGCGGAGUGCGUGCUUCUCCCAUCGCCCGGCGACUGGCCCGCGAGCGUGAUAUCGACUUGGCGUUGGUCGCCGGUACCGGACCCAACGGCCGCAUCACCGAGCGUGACAUCGAAAACUACCAGGCCCCGGUGGACGCGCCUAGCCCGGCUUCCGCGCCUGUUGCAACCGCGGCCGUUCCCGCGGACACGCGCAUCGACCUUAGUCGGAUGCGCCAGACCAUUGCCCGGGUGACCUCCGACAGCAAAUCCACUGCGCCGCAUUUCUACGUCACCGCUGAGAUCGACAUGGGCAAGGCAAUGUCCCUUCGCCGUGAUGUGAACGACGCUUCCGACCCCGAGAACCGUGUCAGUGUCAACGACCUGAUGGUCAAGGCUUGUGCGCUGGCCCUUGCCGGGCACCCCAAGUUCAAUUCGUUCUUUCGCGGCGACCAUCUGGAAGUUCAUGGCGCCAUGAACAUCGGCAUCGCCAUCGCGUUGGAGUCGGGGCUGAUCCUUCCCGGCGUCAACAAUUGCGAGAGCAAGAGCCUCCUCCAGAUCGCUGCGGCCACCAAGGACCUGAUCGCUCGUGCCAAUAGCGGCACCCUCCGCAACGAGGAGUACAGCAGUACCACGUUCAGCAUUAGCAACAUGGGCAUGUUUGACGUCGAGAGCUUUACCGCCAUCAUCUACCCGCCUCACGCGGCGAUCCUAGCCGUGGGCAGCGUCAGACAACAACCCGUAGUUCGUGACGGUGAGCUGGCCGUGGGGCAGACCAUGAAGGCGACCCUGUCCACCGAUCAUCGCGUCGCCGACGGUGCCGAAGCGGCGCAGUUCCUCAUGGAAAUCAAGCGGGUCCUCCAGAACCCCGUCAGCCUGCUGCUGUAA